UGCCUCGAAGGAGUUCAUGGACACUCGGCGUUUGGUUACACAUGCUUAUAUGUCUCACAAGGCUGGGUUGAGAGCAGAGCACCUGGGUCUUCACAAAGCAAUUUGUGUUUUGUUGGGAUGGAGCACUGUUGUUCCUGAUGAGACAAUUACGUGGGCUCCCCAGAUACUGCCCAAGUCAGAUGCUUUAGCCCAGAAGGAGGAUUUAAUUAUUUGGCCUCCUGUCAUUAUCAUCCACAACAUUUCUUUUUGGGACAAUGAUCCUGAGAAAUGGAAGGUUGUAACCGUUGAUGCACUUGAAGCCUUUAUAAGAGGAAAGGGUUUGAUCAAGGGACGAAUCAAAGUUUGCCUAGGGAAGCCUGCUGACCUAAGUAUCAUGGUGGUAAAGUUUUUGGGGAUUUUUACUGGACUAGGAGAUGCAGAGAAGCUUCACAAGUUCUUCAUGGAAUGUAAGCGUGGGAGAGUAGAAUUCGAGUUAGCUACUUCGAACAAUGGCACAGUCAGCAUUAAUGGCGAAACAGGGAUUGAAGGAGGAAAGUUGGAGGAAAAUAUCUUAUAUGGGUACCUUGGGGUUUCAGAAGACUUGGACAAAGUAGAUUUUACUUCCAGGAACACUAGUUUGAUAAAGAGCAAAAUGGAGAUUCUGGACCUAGCAAAUGCUCCUGUCAAACCUGAGGAGACUUAGCUGAGCACCUAUAAAACUGAGCAAUAGUCGUAACCCACCCAUAAUGGAGCAAGAGGGAAAAAGAAAAAGAAGCCUUCUCUGUCUGCUGAUCUAAUCUCAUGUGCGU